CUGGAUGCAAAAGAAGACAAUGUGCUCAUUGUCGGGUGCAGCAGCAAACCGAACUCCCCUGCUGUUGAUGCUCGCGCCUUGCUGCACUUCUUUGAGCUGCGGCUGCCGCUGCUGCCGCCAGAUCAGCAGCAGCGGCAGCAGCAGCUGCUGCAGCAGCUGCAGCAGAGGGGCAUCCAGGUGACGCUACCUUGCUUCUCUCAGCUCCUUCCACUGAUUGAGGCGACAGAAGGUCUCAGCGGCGGGUCUAUAGACGCCUGCCUGAACUCUAUAUGUGAGGGGGCCCCCAAUUUGCUGCAGAAGUUAGGGGCCCCACAGUUGUCUGCUGCAGGCAAGCAGCAGCAGCAGCAGCAGCAGCAGCAGCAGCAGCAGCAACAGCAGCAACAGCAGCAGAGAGGGACUCUGACGUCCGGCCAAGACAGCCACCGCAGCAGCAAGCAUCAAGGGUCUUUCUUGUCCGUGCCCCAAUCCUCCAUGGAGAGCAGCAGCAGCAGCAGCAGUAGCAGUAGUAGUAGCAGCAACAGCAGCAACAAGGCAACAAAGGGAACGCUGCUGCUUCUGCUAGAGGAGCUGAAGACGCAGCAGCAAAUGUACCCCUACACCUGGCGGCAGCAGCAGCAGCAGCUCGAGGCCUUCGCAGCGCGAGCGAGCAACAGCAGCAGCAGCAGCAGCAGCAGCAGCAGCAAAACGCAAGCGUCAAAAAAGAACAAAAAACAAAGAACUUAA